AUGACGGAGGGGGCUGCUUGUCCUGUCUGUUCGUGCGAGCUGGAGACGGCGGAUCACAUGGUGUUUGAGUGCCCUUUCGCCCGAUCAUUCUGGCAGGCUGUAGGGGUCGACGUGGUCGACAAAGGCUAUCAGGUGGGCGUGCUCCAGGAUCUUGACGUCCGGGGGGUGGUCGGAGAUACUGCUUGCGCUACCUUCGCUUUUCUGUGCUGCUGGCAGCUAUGGAAGCACAGGAAUGUCGUGGUCUUCCGUGGGGCGGUGCCCUCCCUCGCCCGUCUUCUCGCAUGCUGUAGGGAAGACUCGGCCCUGUGGCAAGGACGCCUGAAAGUAGCUGAACGGUCGUGCGUCGACAGAUGGCUGCGGGUGUUCUCGUACCCUGGGAGGUAG